CAGCACGUGGAGUACGCCGCAAAGGGAGCGGAUAAUGUCGGCUGCAAAAAUAUCUGAAAUUGUGGCGCUUGAUGCGGGCGAAGGCAAUCCGGUGAUCGUGCGAGGUCAUGUUCCACAGCCCACCAACGAGUGCCACGCAGUGCGAGCGAGAGAUCUGGCGAAGGAAGGGGCCGAGAUGAUUUUGGUAGGAUGUAAAUCAAAUCUGUACCGUGGCUAUGUGCAGGCGGAAUCCCGUUCGGUCGUGAAGCAGCAGCAACACACGUACAUUGCGCUGCACAAUCGGGUGACGGGCAAAAUGCGGAUGGUCGAGGUCGAGAGCUGCCCGCAGCUGACCAACGUUUGUCACGAUGAGCGGCCAACGACGGAGGAAACGUUCGACAUGAAUAACGUGCGCAAAUUGUUGCAGAAAUACAACAGUAAAGCGAGUCAGCGGGUGCACCGACGCAUACAGCGAGAGAAGGUCGACUUUAGCGUGAUGGAGGAUCGACUGCAGCAGACGAUGGGCGAGUGUGCUCUGACGGCGGUGACCGCUACAAGCGAGGCCCCCCAACAGCCUACCGAAACGCUCGUACAGGAUGAGAUUCGCGCGAAGAUGAAUCCACAGUCUCGAUCCUUGCAGGACCUCUACAAGGCGGAAGAUCUGAUCGGAUCGCGUUUGCUGCAAAGUUUGGACGAGGUGGCCAAGAAGGUGCUGCAGAUACCGCCCGAUGAGCUAUCGAUGGCCAGUGUGUAUCUGGAGAAUCGCGUCAAAACGGUCAUGCAAUCGAAGGAACCCACUUCCGAGGAUAACCUUCGCAGGGUCAAGAUUUGCCUGUACAUGGAUGUGCUGGUGCGGCUGCUUACGCCUCAAAAGAAGAAAAAAGAGAAGAGCCGGUCCAGCAAUAUGUCCCCCUUCACGCCACUGUUCGAUGCGCCUAUUCGUCGAGACUUUAUGCAGUUUUGCAGUGGUGAAAGCCUGGGCAAGGAUAGGGCAACGAGGUAUACGCGCGACAAAGCGCUACUGACCUACCUGGCGCUGGCGUUCGUGCUCGAGGAAAUGCAUGAGGUGCAGGUAUCGGUGAUCCAUCGAUCAUUGCAAGUUUCGAAAGAGGAAGUGAUCACGUUCGGACGGGCGAUCGGAGCAACGUACAACAAUCGGCUUGAUACGUUCCUCAAGGACUGGAAAAUGAAGACGACCGAGCAGUCGAAUGAUCCACUACUGGCCACUAUGCAAGCAGUGGCCGACGGACAGCGUCCCAAGGGAAAACGACCGUACGGCAAAAGAUAACGUGACCCUGUCCUUCUUUGUCGGAUGUAGCGCGGCAUUCUACGUGAAUAAAUUCAUAUUCAAUUCAA